UGGAAGACAGAUGAAAUGAUCAUUACGCCAAAUGCGGAAGAUAGUUAACAAAAACUAAAAUUUGAAACAAGGCGGUAGUUUUUAUCCGUUAAACUCCUGCUUUAUAUAUAAUAUCGAUUGCACAAAACCGAAAACCUAAUCUUCUCCCUCUAGUCAUUUCUAUAAUUGCACAAAACCUCUCAGAUUUCCGGCGAUCGACGGCUCGUCGUCACCUUUCAGCCCCCUUCUCUCACGGCAGACAAUAAAUUAGGGUACUAUUAUUAUUAGUGAUUAGAAAGGAUGAAAAGGUGCUCUUCCUCUGCUUCUGCCUCCUCAAGGAUGAAAAGGUGCUCUUUCUCUGCUUCGGCCUCCUUUCCAACUCAACAAAGGAAGCAAAAAGAUUUACCAUGUCAAUGUCAAAAUCAACAAUCAGUUGACUCAAAGAAUCAAAGGAGACGACAAUCUAAGAAGUAUCAUGAUAUGACUAAUGAUGAGAUAGUAAAUCUUUGUAAACCGCACCAGAGGCCUAAAGCUAGACGAGUUGUCGAUGCUUUACGCAAGUAUUUAAUACAAGUUUCAGAGAGCCAGGGAUUUAAUUUCGACGUAUAUCCUGGUCACUUCCAUGGAGUGACGUCUGUUAUGCCAGUUGAAUAUUCGCGCUAUUGCCCAUCAGUCCAUGAUACUUUCCAUGGUGAUCCUAAAUGUAUAGCUCAAUUGGUUAUUGAUCGGUAUAAUUUAAAAAAUGAGGAGACAAAGUAUAAGGUUGAGUAUAUUGAGAAAAUGCAUUUGAGUGGCGGUGGAGUUUGCCGUGCCUUCACAUAUUAUUUAACCUUUUGUGCACGUGAUGUGAAGAACGAGACUGAGGCAGUGACAAUGAAGACAUUCCAGGCCAGUGUGAUGAUGAAUCGAAGGAAAAUAUAUCAAAUUUUCACCUUCAGGCUCAAGCCUAAUUGAUGCUCUUCGUAAGCUUGGAAUAUGGAUUGAAAUAUAUACAGCCAUGCGAGUCAAAAUUGAGCUUCUUGAUAGGUGGUUUUAGUCGGAUUGCGAGUGGACCAAUUUCACGACCCGUUCUACUAUCCAAGAGGCCUUUUUAAAUUUACUAAAUUUACUAAUGUAUGAAAGUAAUCCUUGUAAUUGGUAUUGUUUACCUUUUUGACAUUGUAAUAGACUUAUUUGCCAUAACUUUGUGCAAAAGAUAUUGAAUAGCCUUAGUGCCGGAUCUUUUCAUGGUUACUCUGUGAAUUUAUUGAUUUGAAAUGAAAUUUGGUUGCUUAUAUUAU